AUGAGAUCGGCGUUGCCACGUCAGGUGACGGCAUGCGAAGGGAAAGGACGGGAGGAGGAUGCUUACAUUCACGGCCGAUGCUUUGAAUUUUCGUCUGGAGGGAUUCUGCCGAGCUCAGCAGGAUGGAAAUCGGGGUCCACAGUUCCAUGGUUGGAUUCGGCUCGUGCAGCCGCCUUCCGCAUCAUGCCACGUACAUGGUUCAUAGGAUACGUCACCUUGACGGGAUGCGUGUGGUGGGGGCUGGUAGCCCUAGAAUUAGUAUUGGUGAGCGGGGCUCUGGAUGAGGACACUUCCAUUGAGGAAUGGCCUACAAGGGGUUUCUCCAACGAGAACUUCCCUGUCGAGCAUUUCCGCACUGGAGGUUCUUUCGAGAGUUUUCCAACAUACGAUUCACCUACUUACGAAUUCCCCACCAGGAAUAUUCUCCCCGACGAAUCACAAAAUGAGAAUGUUCUCAGUGCGGAUUUGCCAACCCACAACUCCCCCGCCCAGGAUUUCCUCCAGACGAAUCUCCUCUGUCCUGACGAAGGCAUCUGCGUCGUUUCCCAGGAUUGCUCUGGGCUGGAGUUGAACAUAGCAUAUGCUUUGCUGGUCAAUAAUGAAACCAGUUGGACAUGCGGCAGGACUCCGGAGACGGCAGGUCAUGUCUGCUGCAAGGUCAUACCACGUCGUGCGGCCAGAGAAACCUUCCCCUUCAGAACAGCUCCAGCAGAAAAAGACUCCGCAGAAAAAGAGCCAAGUUCUAACGAAUCAACAGGUGAAGAAACGGGGAGAAAUCUGGGAGUCGGAGACUAUGGAAACACAGGAGGAGGCUACCAGGGCCAGCAAUAUCCUCCAGCGUCUUCGGGAUACGGUGGGGCUGCCGGAGGAAGCUAUCAAGCCCCAAGUCAGGCAGGACCUGCUCCAUAUAGUGCACCUGGAGGUACCGGUUAUGGGGGAAGUCCAACAUAUGGAGGGCAAGGAGGAGGAGGAGGUUAUCCUGCACAAAGCAAGCCUUACACAGGAGGAUCGGAUUCUAGUCCCCCAUCAGGUGGAGGAUAUGGUGCAACAACGUAUGGGACCUCGGGAAAUGCCGGUGCAGGAUAUGGAGGCUCUCCUGGAGGUUAUACCGGAGCAAAACCAACAUAUGGUGCGGGGUCAAGUCCUAUUCCUGCAGCGGAGGGUGCAUAUGGAACAAAAAACUACGGAGCAACUGGAAAUGCUGGUAAUGAUUAUGGAAACACGGGAGGAGGAUAUUCAGGAACAAAUGCACAAUAUGGAGGGGCACAAGGAGGAGGAGGAUAUGGAACAAAGAAUUACGGAGCAUCUGGAGGUGCUGGCAGUGGCUACGGAAGCACUGGUGCAACCUAUCCAGGAGCAAGUUCAUCAUACGGUGCAGGGUCUAGCGCUACCCCUCCUUCAGGUGGAGGAUAUGGAACAAAAAACUACGGAGCAACUGGAAAUGCCGGUAGUGAUUAUGGAAACACAGGAGGAGGAUAUUCAGGAACAAAUACACAAUAUGGAGGGACACAAGGUUCAAGUAGUACUACUGGAGGAGGAUAUGGAACAAAGAAUUACGGAGCGUCUGGAACUGCUGGUGGCGACUAUGGAGGCACUGGUGCAAGUUAUCCAGGAGCAAGUUCACCUUAUGGUGCGGGCUCAAGCGCCACCCCUCCCUCAGGUGGAGGAUAUGGAACAAAGAAUUACGGAGCAUCUGGAAGUGCUGGGAGUGGCUAUGGAGGCACUGGUGCAACCUAUCCAGGAGUAAGUUCGCCAUAUGGUGCUGGGUCAAGCGCCACCGCUCCCUCUGGUGGAGGAUAUGGAACAAAGAAUUACGGAGCAUCUGGAAGUGCUGGGAGUGGCUAUGGAGGCACUGGUGCAAGUUAUUCCGGAUCAAGUUCACCUUAUGGUGCGGGGUCAAGCGCCACCCCUCCUUCAAGCGGAGGAUAUGGAACGAAGAACUACGGAGCGUCCGGAAAUACUGGUAGUGGUUAUGGAAGCACAGGUGGAGGAUACUCAGGAACAAAUACACAAUAUGGCGGGGCACAAGGUUCAAGUGGUACUCCAGGAGGAGGAUAUGGAACAAAGAAUUACGGAGCGUCUGGAACUGCUGGUGGCGACUAUGGAGGCACUGGUGCAAGUUAUCCAGGAGCAAAAUCACCUUAUGGUGCGGGCUCAAGCGCCACCCCUCCCUCAGGUGCAGGAUAUGGAACAAAAAAUUAUGGAGCGUCGGGAAAUUCUGGUGGUGAUUAUGGAAGCACAGCCGGAAACUACCCUGGGACAACUUCACCUUAUGGAGGUGCCCCGGCACCUAGCCCUACUCCAACCGGAGGGUAUGGAACAAAAAAUUACGGAGCAUCUGGAAACUCUGGCGGUGAUUACGGAAGCACUGGCGGAAGUUACCCGGCAACAACUUCGCCCUAUGCGGGUGCGUUAGGUACCAGUUCCAGUUCCAGCGGAGGAUAUGCACUCAAAAAUUACGGGGCAUCUGGAAGCGGUGGUAGUGGAUACGGAGGCAAUACUGCAGCAUAUCCGGGAACAACUUCUUCAUAUGGAGGGGGCGCAGCCACAGCUCCUGCUACUGGUGCAGGAUAUGGAGCAAGUUAUGUUGGAUCUGGAACUUCUGGUGCAGGAUACGGCAGUACUGCUCCUGUUUAUUCGGGACCAGAUAAAUCAUAUGGAGGAGCAGCUCCCGGUCAAACUUCAGGUGGGGGAUAUGCAGCAACAAAUUACGGAGGAACAAGUUAUGGCGCAUCAGGUAAUACUGGUGGUGGAUACGGUGGCACAUCCGGAGGUUAUACUGCUACAAAUCCGUCAAGUGGUUCAAGUCCAACUCCUGGUGGGGGAUAUGGAGGAACGAAUUAUGCGGGAUCUGGAAGCGCUGCUGAAGGGUAUGUAGGCACUACUGGUGGUUAUACAGGAACAAAUGCGCCAUAUUCAGGAGGACCAAGUCCUGCUUCUCCGGGAACCGGUGGAUAUGGAGGAACAGGCAAUGUGGGAUAUGGAAAUACUGGUGCAGGAUAUGCAGACGCUGGUAUAGGGUAUGGAGAGAGUGCCGUAGGGUAUGGAUUCACUAGCACCGGAUAUGGAGGCAGUGGUGCAGGAUAUGGAGAAAUUUCUGGAGCAUUUGGAGUCGGGGGUGCAUUAUUUGGAAGCGGUGCUAAAGAAAAAAAGACGCCUUAUUUGACACAACGAUGGGAGACUCUUCACAUGGACAAUGCCCCUACCAAAGGCAGCACAAAUUGUAAUGGAAGCAUUCCACAAGUACUGGUGUAA